AUGACGCUGAAUGGUUUUCUGGAGAGAGGGGUAAAAGAGGCCGGAAAGUUGCAGUGUUACAGAAAAGACUGUGGUGUUCUGGCAGAAAACCUGUUCUUGUUUGCCAGACCUCAUUGUCUGACUCCCUACAGAGGACAGGACUGUUUGAGGCUCUAUGCGAGUGAAUGUGGGGCUGAAAACCCUGAGCUCCUCAGGUCCACGCUAUUACGGAAACAUGUCGCAACUUUGUCACAGAUCUUGAAUCUCAAGAAUCAUGAGUUAGACCAAGUUGCUGACUUCCUUGGGCAUGAUAUUCGCGUUCAACGUGAAUUUUACCGACUUCCAGAGGCUACUACCCAGCUGGCCAAAAUCUCCAAAUUACUGCUUGCCAUGGAGAAAGGGUCUCUCAGAAACCUUCAAGGCAAAACACUUGAGGAGAUUGAAAUUGAAGAUCACCUACAGUUGACCGAAUCAAGUGCAGAGAGUGAGGUCGAUGAAGGAAAUCUCACAUAUCCACAGACUGAUUCUACAGAGAUGAAAAGAACAACACAACCUGUUGAAGCUUCAGGUUCUGCAGGACUGCUGAAUGCUAGGCAACUUGUUGAGAAACCUCCAGGCAUGUCUGCGCCAUUAUCACAAGCAUGUGAAAAUGCAGAUGGAAAGGGCAAAGAACCCAGCAGAAAACUAAUGGAGGACAAAGAGCCUAGCAGAAAAAAGACAACGAAUAAACAGUCUGUUCCUCUGGAAAGUGCUAGGAGAGCAAAAAAGCAUCAAUGGUCUCCCAUGGAGGUUGCCGCGGUCAUGAGACAUUUUGACGAACACAUCAAAAAAGGAAAACUGGCCACUAUGAUUGAAUGCCAGCAAUGCAAGGAGGCAGAAGAUCCUGCUCUGGCUGGUCGCUCUAUUCUAAACAUAAGAGACUUCGUAAGAAAUCGUGGUGUGACUUUGAAAAGAAAAAAAAUCCUAGCUAUAAUAUGGAAAUGUGAUGAAUUGUCCACCAGUGAUGUCAUCUCCACACAGUCCAUUUAGUUCUAAUUUGGUUUAGUUUGCCUGUUAAGUUAUGUUUCCGGUGUUCCUUUUUUGUCCUUUUCCAGCCACUAAUCAGUUACCAUGGAACAUUCAUUUACUAAAAAAACAGUUAUUAGUCAUGAAGUUCAUCAUUAUACCGUGCAUUUAAGCUCCUCUUUAGUUCUCAUUUUCUGUCCGGUUUUUGUUAUACCUGCAGUUUUGUUGCUGUC